AUGGACCCCCCAUUCAGUGACCAUGACCAGAUCCCGGGGUGGCCAGGGGAGCGGGCCCACAGGUCUCUCCUGUCAGUGGUGGGCAGUUCUUUGCAGUCUCAAGCCCCUGGGUCAGAGGACCCCCUGGCUGGGAUGUGUGAGCCCCCAGUCUACCUCCUCGGGCCACGGAAUGCUAGUGGGAAGGAGGGAGCCCAGGGCCAGCUGAACCCACCACCCCCCGCUGACACUCAGCCCCUGCCACUGCUGCCCCCAGAAGGCCCUAAACCUUCCUCCACUUCCUCCAGGACAGCAAUGAGCCAUGGGCAGGGUGGUCAGCAUGCCAGGGCACUCCUGUUGCUAAGCUAUAGUGGUGCCUGCCUACGGUCCAGCAGGGGCAGCAGGCUGGUCACUGGUCCCAGAAGCAAUGGCAUGCCUGAGGGUUGUACAGACCUUGUCUUUGCCACACCACAGCAGCAGGAGUAUGUGGUGGAUACAGAUGGCACCUGCUUGUGUCUGCCAGUUUCCCUGCCACCGCUGCCAGGGAAUGCCAGCUGGAGGAAAGCAGGAGUAGAUAGGAGGCCGGGAGGGCCUGUGCUGCCGGCUGCAGGUGGAGGAUCGGCUGAGCCGAGCAGGGAGGCUGGAGUUUCCUACAGUUGCAGGGCUCUGUGCCCCCUCCCACCUCUCCUCCUCUCCUGGCCCCACCGAGGCUUCUCCGAUGGGUCUCACAGGCUGCACCCCGCUCCAUCCUCCCGUCCCAUCUCUAGCCGUGGGUGGGGCCUGUGCCUGGACGACCCUCCUGCCAAGGACAUCAUCGACUUCCCCUCGGUUCCCCCUGGUGUCCUCUAUGAUGUGAGCCACCAGUGCCGCCUCCAGUACGGGGCCUACUCUGCCUUCUGCGAGGACAUGGAUAAUGUCUGCCACACACUCUGGUGCUCUGUGGGGACCACCUGUCACUCCAAGCUGGAAGCAGCCAUGGACGGCACCCGGUGGGGGGUGUCCCCAUGGUGUCUCAAUGGGGAGUGUGUACCUGUGGGCUUCCGGCCCGAGGCCGUGGAUGGUGGCUGGUCUGGCUGGAGCGCCUGGUCCGUCUGCUCGCGGAGCUGUGGCGUGGGCAUAUAGAGUGCCAAGCGGCAGUGCAUGUGGCCUACGCCCAAAUACAAAGGCAGAUACUGUGUGGGUGAGCGGAAGCGCUUCCGCCUCUGCAACCUGCAGGCCUGCCCCGCUGGCAGCCCCUCCUUCCGCCACGUCCAGCGCAGUCACUUUGACGCCACUCACGUAGGCCAGCUGCACACAUGGGUGCCUGUGGUCAAUGACGGAGGGCCAGCCUCCAACCCAAGCCUGGGCCACUCCCACUGUUCCCUGGGGCUGCUGCUCACCCCUAGCUCCCCAGUCUGCAGCCUUGCAGAUAGCUACCAGCCCAGCCGGAGCCUCCAGCCUGCCAUGGAUAAUGUGGGCUGUGACUUCGAGAUUGACUCUGGCGCUAUAGAGGACCGUUGUGGCGUGUGCCACGGCAACGGCUCCACCUGCCACACCGUGAGCGGGACCUUCGAGGAGGCCGAGGGCCUGGGGUAUGUGGACGUUGGGCUGAUCCCAGCCGGCGCACGUGAGUUCUGCAUCCAGGAGGUGGCCGAGGCUGCCAACUUCCUGGCACUGCGGAGCGAGGACCCAGAGAAGUACUUCCUCAAUGGUGGCUGGGCCAUCCAGUGGAACGGGGACUACCAGGUGGCAGGGACCACCUUCACAUACGCACGCAGGGGCAACUGGGAGAACCUCACGUCCCCAGGUCCCACCAAGGAGCCUGUCUGGAUCCAGCUGCUGUUCCAGGAGAGCAACCCCGGGGUGCACUACGAGUACACCAUCCACAGGGAGGCAGGUGGCCACGGCGAGGUCCCGCCGCCCGAGUUCUCCUGGCACUAUGGGCCCUGGACCAAGUGCACAGUCACCUGCGGCAGAGGUGUGCAGAGGCAGUCUGUGUACUGCUCGGAGCGGCAGGCAGGGUCCGUGGACGAGGAGCACUGUGACCCCCUGGGCUGGCCCGAUGACCGCCAGAGGAAGUGCAGCGAGCAGCCCUGCCCUGCCAGCUGCUGGGCAGGUGAGUGGCAGCUGUGCUCCAGGCCUGGGGGCCUCUCCUGCUGGGCCGUGCUCUGCAUCCGCAGUGUGGGGCUGGAUGAGCAGAGUGCCUUGGAGCCACUCGCCUGUGAACAUCUUCCCCAGCCCCCUACUGAAACCCCUUGCAACCGCCAUGUGCCCUGUCCGGCCACCUGGGCUGUGGGGAACUGGUCUCAGUGCUCAGUGACAUGUGGGGAGGGCACUCAGCGCCAAAAUGUCCUCUGCAUCAAUGACACCGGUGUCCCCUGUGACGAGGCCCAGCAGCCAGCCAGCGAAGUCACCUGCUCUCUGCCACUCUGUAGGUGACCCCUGGGCACACUGGGCCCUGAAGGCUCAGGCAGCGGCUCCUCCAGCCACGAGCUCUUCAACGAGGCUGACUUCAUCCCACGCCACCUGGCCCCACACCCUUCACCCGCUUCAUCACCCAAGCCAGGCACCAUGGGCAACGCCAUUGAGGAGGAGGCCCCAGAGCUGGACCUGCCGGGGCCCGUGUUUGUGGAUGACUUCUACUACGACUACAAUUUCAUCAACUUCCACGAGGAUCUGUCCUACUGCCCUGCCUGCUGGGACGAGGAGCCCGAUCUAGACCUGGCGGGGACAGGGGAUCAGAUGCCCCCACUGCACAGCCGUCCUGCUGCACCCUCCACGGGUAGCCCCGUGCCUGCCACAGAGCCUCCCGCAGCCAAGGAGGAGGGGGCACCGGGACCUUGGUCCCCUAGCCCUUGGCCCAGCCAGGCCAGCCGCUCCCCACCCCCACCCUCAGAGCAGACCUUGGGAAACCCUUUGAUCAACUUCCUGCCUGAGGAAGACGCCCCCAUAGGGGCCCCAGAUCUUGGGCUCCCCAGCCUGCCCCGGCCCAGGGUUUCCACUGAUGGCCUGCAGACGCCUGCCGCCCCUGAGAGCCAAAAUGACUUCCCAGUUGGCAAGGACAGCCAGAGCCAACUGCCCCCUCCAUGGCGGGACAGGACCAAUGAGGUUUUCGAGGAUGAUGAGGAACCUGAGGGCCGCGGAGCACCCCACCUGCCCCCGAGACCCAGCCCCACGCUGCCCACUUUGUCCCCGGUCGGCAGCACCCACUCGCCUCCUAGUCCUGACGUGGCGGAGCUGUGGACAGGAGGGACAGUCGCCCGGGAGCCAGCUCUGGAGGGUGGCCUGGGGCCCAUGGACAGUGAACUGUGGCCCACUGUUGGGGUGGCUUCUCCCCCUCCUCCUCCCAUAGCCCCUCUUCCAGAGAUGAAGGGCAGGGACAGUCCCCUGGAGCUGGGGACUCCCACAUUCCCAACCCCAGGACCAGGCUCAUGGGACCUGCAGACUGUGGCAGUGUGGGGGACCUUCCUCCCCACAACCCUGACUGGCCUCAGGCACACGCCUGAGCCUGCCCUGAACCCAGGACCCAAGGGCCAGUCUGAGUCCCUCAGCCCUGAGGUGCCCCUGAGCUCUAGGCUGCUGCCCACACCAGCUUGGGACAGCCCCACCAACAGCCACAGAGUCCCUGAGACCCAGCCGCUGGCUCCCAGCCUGGUUGAAGUGGGGCCCCCCACGGACCCACUGGUUGUCAGGAACGCCAGCUGGCAAGCAGGAAACUGGAGCGAGUGCUCCACCACCUGUGGCCUGGGUGCGGUCUGGAGGCCGGUGCGCUGUAGCUCCGGCCGGGAUGAAGACUGCGCCCCUGCUGGCCGGCCCCAGCCUGCCCGCCGCUGCCACCUGAGGCCCUGUGCCACCUGGCACUCAGGCAACUGGAGUAAGUGCUCCCGCAGCUGCGGUGGAGGUUCUUCAGUGCGGGAUGUGCAGUGUGUGGACACACGGGACCUCCGGCCACUGCAGCCCUUCCAUUGUCAGCCCAGGCCUGCCAAGCCGCCUGCGUACCGGCCCUGCGGGGCCCAGCCCUGCCUCAGCUGGUACACAUCUUCCUGGAGGGAGUGCUCCGAGGCCUGUGGCGGUGGUGAGCAGCAGCGUCUGGUGAACUGCCCGGAGCCAGGCCUCUGCGAGGAGGCGCUGAGACCCAACACCACCCGGCCCAGCAACACCCACCCCUGCACGCAGUGGGUGGUGGGGCCCUGGGGCCAGUGCUCAGCCCCCUGUGGCGGUGGUGUCCAGCGGCGCCUGGUCAAGUGUGUCAACACCCAGACGGGGCUGCCUGAGGAAGACAGUGACCAGUGUGGCCACGAGGCCUGGCCUGAGAGCUCCCGGCCGUGUGGCACUGAGGAUUGUGAGCCCGUCGAGCCUCCCCGCUAUGAGCGGGACCGCCUGUCCUUCGGUUUCUGCAAGACGCUGCACCUACUGGGCCGCUGCCAGCUGCCCCUGCCCACAGUCCGUACCCAGUGCUGUGCUUGUGCUCCGCCCAGCCACGGCGCCCGCUCCCGAGGCCAUCAGCGGGUUGCCCGCCACUGA